AUGCAGACUGCUCCUACAAACAUUUGUAAAAGAAUGGGUCACUCUCAGGAGCUCAGUGAAUUCAAGCGUGGUAGCGUGAUAGGUUGCCACCUGUGCAAUAAGUGCCUCCGUGAAAUUUCCUUGCUACUAAAUAUUCCACAGUCAACUGUUUGUGGUAUUAUAACAAAGUCAAAGCAACUGGGAAAAACAGCAAGUCAGUCACAAAGUGAGUGAGGUCAGCGCAUGUUGAAGUGCACAGUGUCAUCAGAGUCAAUAGCUAAAGACCUCCAAACUUCAUGUGCCCUUCAGCUUAGCACAACAACAGUGCGUAGAGAGCUUCAUGGAAUGGGUUUCCAUGGCUGA